AUGAACGAUGAAGGAAACUGGAAUGUUUCGAGCUGGUACGCACAGAUCCAGUCAGAGCGCAGGGAUAUGUGCUGCAGCUGGAAACGCCAAUCUUUUCCGUUACUUAUUCUCAUGGUCAGUACGCCGAGUUCGAAGCAUUUGGACAAUGGAAGCUCUUGCGAUCCAAUGGAACAUCUCCUCCGAAAGCAAUAUCCCACAUUGGAGGUUGACCUCAGCACGACGCUAACUAUAUGGAUAAUUGAUCAACUUGAAUUGCAGGCUCUGCUUCAAGAAGGCUACCGUAAAACAAUUCAGGCACACUGUAAGAGUGACAAACAUGCAUGUAGCUUGCGUAGAUCCUCAUCGGAAUUGCUUAAUCUCAUUGCUAACCUAUUCCCUACUUCCAUCGAACGGGCCAAUGUGCAGUGGGACCGAGCCAAUAAUCGCCGUCCCAGUGGCAAGAAAGUUUGA